GGGGGGGAGGCUUGGGGAGGCUGUACAGUCAGUCAGUCAACACACUCCUCCUCCUUCUCGUAUCGCGAGGCGGGAGCCGAUGCCCCACGCCCAUGUCUUAAACACAGUCGGGGAGCUGGGACGUGUAACGAGCGAGGGCUGGGUCUUGUUUUGAGUCGCCUGGUCGUAUAACAUACGCCCCCCUUCUAUUUUCCAUUUCUACUCUUCUCGUCCGUCCGUCAAGCAGUUGCCGCUUCUCGCGCUCUUCACCACCAUCCCCCCGCUGCCGAAGCCCCGGCCUGCUUUCGCAAACGAGCAACGUGGGAGCAUAGGUGACCGCGACCAGACUAUAGCAACGCCAGCAAGCAGGCAAGCCGACCGCCGCCCAUCAUGAUGGACCACGCAAGCAAGCUGGCAGAUCUCACCCUCCCCAUCUCCAAGUUCUACCAACCCGUCGCCAACUACUCCUACCCUCGCAACGAGCAUGCCGCGGGAGGAGGUCGCUGCAGCGCCAGCAGCAGGCCUUCGACAGCCAGGUCGGAGAGGACGUCACUCGGGUCCGAGGGCUCGGCGCCUGGUCUCAUCGAUGACCGUACCGACUCUGAGGUGUCCCUGGACGACGACUACCAGUGGCAUGCCAACAUGUCGGAGCCGUGGGAGAACUUUUGGCCUCGAGAUACCACCACCACCAUGACGACCACGACGACGAUGACGACGGUAAUGAAGAAGAAGCCCCUGGAGGAGCCCACGAUCCACCCCAAGAAGCAGUAUCCCGCCUUGGUACCGCCGCCCCGCGACCCUCGGAGACGUCAGCCGUCUCCGAGCAGAGGCUGCCCGGCAUGGCCGCUCCCCGAGGGCUCGUCUCGAGAGCGAAGCAGGAAGCCUGCGGCCACUUACACGGCCUCCCCGAAGCAGAGGGCGCCCAUCACCUACAGCGCAUUUCCGAAGCCACCACCAAAGAGUCCUUCCACUACGCCGUGUGUGAGUCGUCAGGCAGGGCCCAUCUUGAAGCCGGCCUCGCGGCCUGCUCUGCGGCCGGUCCGCCCCCCGCGUCCGGACGAUGAGCUCCUCAUCGACUGCGUCCAGCCUCCUGCCUCGGCCCCGGCCAUCAUCACUUCAUGCCCUCCCACGGGCCGCAACUCGCCGCGACAAGACUCUCCCAUGUCACCCACCAUGGACUGGUCACCCGUCGUGCAACGGCAGACCAGGUCACUCGACGAGGGCAACAACCGACCCCUGACGGCAAAUGCAUGCGUCUACUCCCCCGACGCCUUCCCCACACGCCCACCGCUCUCUCCCUGCCGUCAAGCCCCCAACAAAGCACGCACGCCACGACAAUUCAAGUCCAUGGCGCAACUCGUUGCGAAGCCCCUUCCCCCGCUCCCGGUGGCGUCGACACGGCCGCCGCUGGUCGAGCCUCACUCCGUCUUCGAAGACGACUCGUCCGACGACGACUGCGAGAGGGAGAACCGCAGGUCCCUCUUCCGCUUCCACAAGCGCUCCGACAGCGACCAGCGCCAGACGUCCAAGGCCCCAUCAGCGUCGCUGGUCGCGCCGGGCAGGCGCCGGGCGCGUGCCCUCACAGCCCCGUCGUCGCCCACGCGGCACCAGCCCGGCCGCUCGUGCAAGCAGGAAACGCCCAGCUGGAAGAGGCAGGGCCCAGAGGUCUUUGGCCGCAUGCUCGGACGGAGGAGCAGAUAGUUUUUUUUUUUGUUCUACCGACAAUGACGCCCAUGA